GAUACCUAAUGGAGGUAUCCAUGAGAACCUGGCCUGUGCCUGCAUGGGCGAACCAAGCAGCUGUCUUAUCAGAAGCUGGGCAAGCAGGGAUCCUGGAUUCCCCUGGUAAACAGAGCAAAGGCACAUCAGGGGGAAAGUUCCCUGGGUAUAGGCACCUCCCCUCUCUGAAUUCCAGGGCUUAGGAAGUGGUCUGAACCCCAUCAAGCCCCCUCAGCAGGCCAGGGGAUAGACACACUGACCCACCAAGCACCUGCUUUCACUGCCCUGUCCAUCCUGGCCUUCUCUGGCAGACUGCCCCUGGUCUGCUAGGAUAAUCCCAGAGCCCAAAUCUUUGAGAGACACAGUGUGCACCCCAUCCUUACAGCCCCCCUGAUAGGCCUCCCUCACAGGAGGUGUGACCACUUUUACCAGUAGGGCUCACCCCACGUGGCAGCCCCUCCAUCUGGCUCAGGAAGGCCCUGGCUUAGAUUGAGGAGCCCCCGAGGGGAGGAGCAAGAUGGAGUAGGACCCUAGCACAGCUGCCCAUGGGUGCUAAACCCAGUCCCCAGGCACCCAGAGGCCCGGGCUAGCACACUACAGCUAGCCUGGGAGUGCCACCCAUAGGAGCCAUCCUGCCCUGGAGUGAAGGCCUGCAGAGCCCCUCCUCACUUUGCAGGGCAGCAGCUAACUUCCCUGACUCCAUCCUAUGAACCUUAUGGGUUGAGUAAGUGGGGAGAGAUGUGACUUUAUAUAACCCAGGUGGAAUGCACUGCAAUGCAGGUGGCCAGUGAGACUCCAAGAGGAAGUAUGUAGAAGAUGGGACCUCCUUUGCUCCUUGGGCAGGUCCUUCCCUCCCAUGCCCCCAGCCCCGUCCCCCCAGGGGACCAUUUGUGAUAGCAUCUCACUACUGUUUGCUAAGCUAGUUGACACAUGUUAAGUAAAAGUCAGUUUGUGACUCUGAAUGAAGAAUGAGCUUGUGGUCUGCAUCCUUGGGUGUGGUCAGCAGCAAACAGCACCUCCAGGCAGUGAAUUGGGGUGGGGGGCGGGGCUGGGAAGCCGUGGGCCCCUCCCUCAGGACAGCUUCACUGCAGGUCUCCAGAGAAACGGCUUCUGCCAACAGCUUUCGUCCGCAUAACAAGCCCUUACUCCUGUUUCCAGGGAAACCCAGCCCUCAGCGUCCUGGUUGUCCCAGCAACAUUCAUGGGCUUGUUUGGUGUGUGGUCUCGCCAAUCAAGGUGGGGCAGCAGGGUGCCCAGGCUCAAGUAAAUUCAACACUACAGGACCAGGGCAGUGGCGCCAGGUGCUGCACGGGUGCAGGGAGUUGCAAUGAGGAAGGUCCUGGCUGUAUGAGGCCCAAGGAGGGGAUCCACCCAGGAGCCCAGACCCUGCCUCUCUGAGGUUCCGUGCUCUAGCCCACGAUGAGCUCCACCUCCAGUGAGCCUGGUGACGGAGAUACAACUGAGCAGUCCCAGCUGGGGCUGGACACCGUGAUCCAGAGGUUGGAAGAAACCAUCCUGAGCCCCACGGCCAGCAGAGAGGACCGGGCACUGACUGUGCGUGGAAAAGACCAGCAGGCUUCCCCCACCCCUGUGCCCGCCCGCAUCCGAGAGAUCGUGGCAGGCAGCCUGGGAGAGGAGCCACUCCAAGGGCUACGGGAGCUGCCUGUUGCCACAACUCUCGCUCAGGAGGAGAGUGAGCUCCUGCAGGAGGAGCUGGCCCGGCUGGAAGACUUGCUGGCCCAGGCAGGUGUGGAGCGGGAGGAGCUGGCCAGCAGAUGCCACAUGGUCAGCCAGCGGCUGCAGGCUCGUCUGGAGACCACCGAGGCCCGACUUCGGAAGUCAGAGCUGGAACACAGCAUGGACUUAGAGGAGGCUAUCAGUCAGCUGGAGGCCUCACAGCAGAGAAGCACAGGCCUCUCCCAAGUGAACACCCUCUUGCGGAGACAGCUGGAACACAUGCAGAAGGCAAAUGACGCAUUGGCCCAGGAGCUGGCCAGGACAACACGCAGCUUGCUCCACCUUCAGGGAGAGCUGGAGCUGCGGCAGACCCAGCAGAUGGGCCUAAAGGAGCCACGGGACAUCUUCCUCCUGUGGAGACAGGCCAAGGCAUUGCAGACACACCUGGCUGAGCUGCGGGCAGUCACUAAGAGGGGUCUCACAGACGUACAGGCAGACAUGGCUCGGACAGCCCGGCGCUUGCACACGGCCUGCCUGAGCCUUAACUCCCACCUGCAGCUGGAAGCCAGCAGCAUGACCAGCAACCUGGAGCAGCGGUUGCAGGAGCAGACCAGGGACAUGCUGCAGCUGCAGGGCCACUGGGCUGCAGAGAAAGUGGCACUACAGGCCAGACUCUCAGAACAGACGCAGUUGGUGGAGAAGCUCUCUGCGCAAAAGGAGCAAGGGGAGAGAACCAUUGCAGCACUCAAAGCAGACAUCCAGAAACUGAAAUCCCGGCGCAGUGGGGGUCAGCUGGUGGUGGACAGCCUAAGGGACGAGGUCGAAACACUACACCACAUCCUGGCCAGCAUCACAGAGGUGGCCCGGGCAGAUGCCAUGCACCUAGAGUUGGCCUGGAGCAGCAGCACUGGAGGCAGGGAGGUACAGGGCCAACUAAGGAGCCCCCCACAUGCCAUUGCACCCCAUCCGGGUAUGUCCUCAAUACGGGCCAGAUCCCCAACCAGCAUGGACCCUGCACUGCAGGCUGUACAGGCAGCCAUUGAGAGACGACGACAGCAUGAGCAGGAACUGAGUCUAAGGCUGGAAUCCUCCCAGGAAGCAGCAGCCAGGCUCCAGGAGCAGUUGUCUGAGUACCGACAAGAGCUUCGAACCUCACAGAGGUGCCUGAAGGACGGAGCACAGGCACAUGAAGACCUGCUGGGCCAGCUGGAGGCCCAGAGGCAGGAGGCACAGCAUCACCAGGCAUCCAUUGAACUCCUGAGAAGGGAGAAGUCAGCCUUGGAGUCAACAGUGGAAGAGCUAAGAGCAAAGGCCAACAUCCAGGAUGCAGAGACACAGAGGCUGGAAGCCACAAAUGCAGAACUUCAGAAAAGCCUUCUGGUCCGGACAGAGCAGAAAGCUGAGCUGGCCCAGCAGAGGGAGCGGAGCCUGAGGGAGCUGGAGGCCAGCCAGGGCCGCCUGGAACAGCUGGAAGAGAAGGUCUCUGGGUUCAGGAAGGAUUUGGCCAAGGUCCGGGAGGCACUGAGCUCAGUACAGCUGCAGAGGGACGUCGUAGAGAGUGAGAGAGAGAGCCUGCGUGGUGCCCUGGCCCGGGCUGAAUCCAGCAACGCUGACCUGGAACUGCUGGUGACACGGCUGAAGUCAGAGGGACUAGAGCAACGGGACUCACUGGCCAAGAUGGCUGCACUAAUGGAAGGGCUUGCCCAGGACAAAGGCGCUCUGAACCACCUGGUGCUACAGCUGGAACAGGAGCGAGAUCAGCUUUGGGAACAGCAAAAGGUUCUGGAGCAGGAGCAGGCCAGUGCCAGGGAGCAGCUGGCACAGACAGAACAGCAGCUACAGUGUGUGAGGGCUGAGUGGAGAACUCUGCAGGAGACCUGUGGGCACCUCGAGCAGCAGCAGGAGCACCUGGAGGAGCAGGCAGCCCUGCUCAGGCAUGAGAGGGCCCAGCUCUGGGAGCAGGUGGGCCAGUUCACAUGCAAGAACCAGGCCCUGGAGAAGCAGCUGGCACAGAGCCUGCAGGAGCAGGAGGCGCAGAUGGACACUCUGCAGGAAGCCCUGCGUGAGAAGGACACUGUGUCUGAGGAACGGGCCCAACUACUGUCCAAGCAGGAAGCCCUGGAGAGACAGGGCCGGCUUGCAACUGAGGAGGCAGCUGAUCUGAGGGCUGAGAGGGACUCUCUGGAGAACAGCCUCUUUGAGGCCCAACAGCUGGCGAUGCAGCUGCAGGCCCAGCGGGAACAGCUGGAAGGAGAAGCCCAGGGCUCUCGGCUAGCUCGCCGGGCCUUGCAAGUGGAAAUGGAGAGGCUGAAAAGCACCUGGGAGGUCCAAGAGACAAAGCUGCGGUGGGACCUGGGGCAGCUGCAGCAGCAGGCAACACAGCAGGAGCGGGAGGCACAGCUGGCCCUGGAGAGCCAGGCACUGGCCCACCGAGAGGACCUGGCACGGCUGCAGAGGGAGAAGGAGACCCUCAGUCUGUCCCUGGCAGAGGAGAAGGAGGUGGCUGCCCACCGACUGGAACAGAUAAAAGAGGUGGUGGCAAAAAGUGCAGCUGAGAAGGAGGCUCUGGAGGAGGAAAUUAGGGGCCUGAAGUGGGAGCAAGAUAAGAGCCUCCUCGAACUGGAGCAUGAGAUGCAGCAGGCCCUGUCUCUGAAGGAGGCAGACAGGAGCCUGAUGAGCAAGAAGCUCUCUGGGGCUUCCAGGGAACUGGAGCGGGUUCGGCAGGAGGCCCAGAGCCAGCAGGCACAAGCUGAGGUCACCAUCGCCACCGUUAACAAAGAGCUGAGGGCCCUCCAGGCCCAGUUUGAGGAAGCCAUCUCCACCCACGAGAGAGAAGCUGAGGAUUUGAGAGAGAGGCUCCGGGAGAUGGCGGCAGAGCGGAACAGUGUUCAGAGAGAGGCGGACAGGCUGCAGGCACAGCUGAACAUGGCCCAGGAAGGGCUGACUGAGCUACGCCAAGAGCUUCAGGGCAGUGAGGAAAGUCGUGAGAAGCUACACAGGGAGGCCCUCGAGGCCCAGCGGGCCCUGGACAAUGAGGCUCGAGAGAAGGACGUGUUGCAGCUCUCCAACACUGAGCUGAGGGCCAUCAUCCGCAGGACUGAGCAGGAGAAAGCCAGUUUGAAACAGUUAAAGGAGGAGCAGAGGCAGAAGCUGCUGGUGCUGCAGGAGGCCCAGGCCGCAGCUCAGAAGGAGGCCUGUGAACUGAGGGCCAGGCUUCGGGACCUGGAGCAGGCACAAGGGGAUAGCCGCCGGGAGCUCCAGGAGCGCCACAGACAGGUGAGGGUACUGGAAACUGAGAACCAGAGGACAUGGCAGGAGGUGAGUGAGCUGCAGGCUCAAGGCUCACAGGACUCACAGCAGCGGCAGCAAAACCGGCGGGAGGCACUGGAGCUGCAGAGGCAGGUGGUCGAGGCCCAGGUUGCCUGUGAGGGUGCCCAGAAGGAGGUCCUGGGGCUACAACAGAAGUUGGCUGAAGCAACAGCUGCAGGGGAGGCCCGGGUAAAGCAGUUGGAGGGACAUCUCUGUGAGAGCCAGAGGGCUGAGCAGACCCUGCAGACUGAGCUUCGCAGUAUCUCUAGGAAGCUACAGAAGUCCAGCAGUCUGGCUGACAACCUCCAGGCUCGCCUGGACAAUGCCUGUGACCGGGUCCACAGCCUAGAGAAGGAGCUGGCCCAGGCAGAGGAUGCCAGGAAGGAUGUGGAGGCCCAGCUGGGUCAGCUAUGCUCCACACUCCACAGUAGCCUGGGGCUCUGGGGGUUCUUGGCCUCUCCAAACAGGCCUGACUCCCCCACAAGAGGCCGCUCGCAGGCUCACCCUGGACGGAAAAGAGCCAGUUCCCCUACCAAACCAUACUUGCCAGUCCGAUGGCCCUCACCUGCACCUGGAGACCCUGACUCAGAGGUCAUGGAUGUGGCCUCUGUGCGGGAUGCCCUGAGGGACCUGAUUCAGAAGCUUCAGGACACCCAGCAGGAGCGGGACAACUUCUGCAUCCAGGUGUCCAGUUUGAGAAGCCAAUUGAGCACAGCAAAGAGUGAACAUGCCCACAUCCAGAGCCAUGUGGAACAGCUACAGAGGGCCCUAGCAGAUGCAGAAGAAGGCCAACACAGGGCAGAGAGUGCACUGCACAGCGCCCAGGCAGCUCAGGCCCUGCAGAAGGAAGCUCUCCAAAGACUGGAAGCAGAGCACCUGAGGAGUACAAGGACUGCAGGCCAGGAGAAGCGGAGGCUGCAGGAACAACUGGACGCUCUGCGCCAGGCCCUGGGGAAGAGCAGCAGGCACCGCCAGGGUCUUGACAAGAAGGGCAGGCUGCUGGAGCCCAUGAGGCAGGCGCUUCGGUCCAGUCGCAGGGAGGAGGAGACCGUCGAGACGCACACGCAAGAGAGGCGAGGCCUGCGGGAGCAGACGGCAACACUGCGCGGUGAGCGGGCCCGCCUGCAGGGGGAGCUCGCUGCACUGCGCACACGCCUCACGCAGGCAGAGCAGGAGACACUGAGAAAGGAGGAGGAUGCAGCAAUUCUGGGGGCCGAGAAGGAACUGCUUCACAAAUCCGUGAGCAGCCUGCACCAGGAGGUUGACGGGGCGCUGCGGCAGAGCCGGCAGUUGCAGGUGGCCAGCCUGAAGAAGCAGCUGAGCCAGGAAUAGCGGCAGCAGCAACAGGCCCACGGUGACCAGUCCUUCUGGGCCAAGCAAUGACCCCCACUUUAGUCUCCUUCCCAGGCCCCACUCCCAUGUCCCUAUGUUGGGUAGCCUGGGCUACCUGCUGCCCUGACCUGUCAUGGCAGCAGGCUCUGAGGAAACUUGCUAAGGCCCUGGACUUCUGGGAUGACUGGUGCUGUGCACACUGUAUUGGAGGGGCCAAGGCCAACAAGCAUUGGCGUGCUGCUAUAAAGAGGGUGCACAUAUAGGCAGUCAUUGUCCAGAGCAACUCCUUCCUAGGCUGCAGAAGUCCUCCUGCCCAUGGGGACCUCAACCUCCAGCUAGGCUAGGCCACAAUACGAUGCUGGUCAUUGCUCUAUUGUCCCCUUCCCAUGGUGGGGAGCUGGAGCACUGUCUGCUUCUCAGCUCACACUGGGCCAGGGACUCCAUUUCCAGCUUGGAUGUACUAUUUUGGCUAAGCCCUGGCAGCCAGGCCUUGUCAAACUGGCUCCCUCGCCACAGGCUGCAUUCCAUGCCUUCAGCUCAGUAAACACAGGGAAACACGUGGAAAACAUUUCCACCAGCAGGAGCCAAAAACACAAUGUCCUGCAAGGCCAGCUACCACACCCCAUGUCUAGAGGCCACAGAAUCUUCCACAUCCAGGAGCUACAGUCCCGGCAUGGUGGCAGGUGGCUGGAAAUGACUCAGAUGCAAGUCCCGUGACUCACUGGCCACAAGGGGCAUUGGAGUGUGAGAUAUGAAGUUGUUCCAGAGCUGUCUGCUUCUCCACCAAAAAUCCUGGAAAAUGCGAGUGGGAAUCCAACUCUGUUUGCUACAGAGACCAAGUCUACCAUCUUGCCAGGGUGGCUAGCCUGUUGGCAUUUUUAUGCCUUUCAUUCGGCGUUCAUCAGGGUGGUUUGUCCUCUUUCUCUCUAGUCUCUUUGGGCAUUGUAAGUGGCACAUUUCCAGUAUCUCUGGGGUACCAGCCAGCCUGGUAAAUUCCUGCAUGCACCACAGCAUACAGGUUGUCCUGUGGCUUGUGCCUCUGCCAGGGCCCCCUAAAGCAUCUCUGGGGACUCUGGCAUGAGCAGGAAAAGCCAGAAGCUCCUGGACCCCAUCCAGUCCCAAUCAUGUAGCUAUGGCCCAGAUACAUAACAGCCUGACAGUGUACUUCAAGAUCAUCAGGGAUUUAAAAUCUGCCAUCCUAUCAGACCUUUGGUUGAACUUAGUAACCACAUGCUACAGAACCUACGAGAUCAAGAUGGCCAGAUAGCUUCAUUCUAUCCAGCAAGUACUCUUGAUCACUGAUAGCUUGUUAGGAAGGAUCCUGAAGGUCUGCCCAGGCCCUUGAGGAAAGAGGACAGAAACCCAUCCACAAUGGCUGCCCUGGGCAAAGAAGUUGGUGGUGGCAUGUGCCAGAUGCAGCCAGCACACAUUGACUGCAUAUUUGGGAUUUCUAAACAUUAAUUUUUUUUAAAUAUACACAUAUCACUUAAUGACAGAAAUAUAUCUGAGAAACGUCAUCAGGCAACUUUGUCAUUGUGAAACAUUAUGGAAUGUAUUACACAAACCAAGACCUAUAUGGCAUGCUUGCCUGAAGCAUUGUUACACAAGAAAAUAAAACCUAGCA